AUUCGCGUCGCUUAGUCAAGAUGUCUGGUGGCAAGUUAGGGAAGACUAGAAUCUGGUUGUUUUUAAUCGAUAACCUUGAGACCUGGCCAGGUCCAAAAUUUUCCUCCGGGUUCUCAUGUCUGGUAUCGUCACAAGGAUAUCCCUGGGGCCUCGGCGAGUCACAUUUUCAAUCGGACCUAGAUGGUAGGCUGCUAUUAUCAGAGGGGCAAUACCUUCCUCUAAUUGAAGUUCAUAAGCCAGCCAUUCUGCCAGGAAAAUUGAUUCAUAAGCUAUGUGACAGAGUAGCUUCCUCAACCUUACUUGAAGAUCGCAGGGAUGCUGUGCGGGCACUUAAGUCACUUUCAAAGAAAUACCGCUUGGAAGUUGGGAUUCAAGCCAUGGACCAUCUUAUCCAUGUUCUCCAGACAGAUCGUUCAGAUUCUGAAAUAAUUGGCUAUGCUUUGGACACGCUCUACAAUAUCAUAUCUAAUGAUCUGGAAGAAGAGGAACAAGAUGAUUCUGAAGAAGAAAAUUCACAGAAGCAAACGGAAGACCUUGAAAGUCAAUUUACAGAAAUUUUCAUUAAGCAGCAAGAAAAUGUCACUCUUCUGUUGACCUAUUUAGAAGAGUUUGAUUUCCAUGUUCGGCGGCCUGGAGUGAAGCUUCUGACAGCGCUGUUAAAGCAGCAGGGCCCCCAAGUGCAGCAGGUCAUACUAGUCAGCCCUAUGGGUGUCUCAAGGCUGAUGGACCUACUGGCAGAUUCUAGAGAGGUUAUACGGAAUGAUGGAGUCUUGUUACUUCAACAGUUGACAAAAAGUAAUGCAGCUAUCCAGAAAAUAGUUGCUUUUGAAAAUGCCUUUGAGAGAUUGCUGGACAUCAUAACCGAGGAGGGCAACAGUGAUGGAGGCAUAGUUGUGGAGGAUUGUCUUCUUCUGUUACAAAAUCUGUUGAAGAACAACAACUCAAACCAAAAUUUCUUCAAGGAAGGUUCCUAUAUCCAGCGUAUGAAGCCAUGGUUUGAAGUUGGUGAUGACAAUGCUGGGUGGUCAGCACAGAAAGUAACCAAUCUUCAUCUGAUGCUACAGCUGGUCCGGGUGUUGGUGUCCCCCACAAAUCCCCCUGGUGCUGCCAGCAGUUGCCAAAAAGCCAUGUUUCACUGUGGGUUGCUUCAGCAGCUUUGUACAAUUCUGAUGGCCACUGGUGUUCCUGCGGAUAUUCUUACUGAGACCAUUAACACUGUGUCGGAGGUCAUCCGUGGGUGUCAAAUGAACCAAGACUACUUUGCUUCAGUAAAUGCCCCUUCAAAUCCACCAAGGCCUGCAAUUGUUGUGUUGCUGAUGUCCAUGGUCAAUGAAAGGCAACCCUUUGUGUUGCGCUGUGCUGUGCUAUACUGUUUUCAGUGUUUCCUGUACAAGAACCAGAAGGGGCAAGGAGAAAUUGUGUCCACGCUUCUACCUUCAACCAUUGACGCAACUGGAAAUUCAGUCUCAGCUGGUCAGCUGUUGUGCGGAGGGCUCUUCUCCACAGACUCUUUUUCCAACUGGUGUGCGGCUGUGGCGCUGGCCCAUGCUCUGCAAGAAAACGCCCCCCUGAAAGAACAGCUGCUCCGGGUGCAGCUGGCAACUAGUCUUGGGAACCCGCCCGUGUCCUUGCUCCAGCAGUGCACCAACAUUCUGUCUCAGGGUGAUAAGAUCGACAGACGGGGAAGCAAAGUGCAGACAAGAGUUGGACUAUUGAUAUUGCUGUGCACCUGGCUGAGCAACUGCCCCAUUGCUGUGACUCAUUUUCUGCACAAUUCUGCCAACGUUCCAUUCCUAACAGGACAGAUAGCAGAAAACCUUGGUGUGGAGGAACGUGUCGUCCAGGGGCUGUGUGCACUUUUACUCGGGAUAUCCAUUUAUUACAACGACAACUCACUUGAGAAUUAUCGAAAAGAGAAACUAAAGCAACUGAUAGAAAAAAGGAUUGGCAAGGAGAACUUCAUUGAAAAGCUGGGAUUCAUUAGCAAACACGAACUCUAUUCCCGAGCAGCUCAGAAACCUCAGCCCAACUUUUCAAAUCCAGAUGACAUGAUGUUUGAUCAUGAAUUUACUAAACUGGUAAAAGAGCUGGAAGGUGUUCUAACAAAGGCAAUUUAUAAGACUACUGAAGAGGAUAAAAAAGAAGAAGAGGUGAAGAAGACGUUAGAACAACAUGACAACAUUGUGACACACUACAAAAGUGUCAUUCGAGUCCAGGAUCAGGAGCUGGAAGACUUGAAGAAGCAAGUGGAAUCUUUAAAAGUGCAGAAUGAACAGCUGCAGGCAAGAGUCACACAGCAAGUGUCACAAAUCCAGCAACACAAGGACCAGUACAAUCUCCUGAAAGUACAGCUAGGAAAAGACAAUCAGCACCAUAGUUCCGGCAACGAUGUGGUCCAGAUGAAUGGCGUUCAGUCAGAAGAGAUAAGCAAAUUGCGUGAGGAGGCAGAAGAGUGGAAGCACAAACUUGAACAGUUGGAGGAACAGCUAAGAGAAAAAGAUUCUUUGAUCGAAGUGUUGAAGUCUUCACCACCCGCCGUGGGAACAUCAGAGGGGUCUUCACAGACAAAGACCGGUCUCGAGGUGGAGAGUGAGCUGCACAGGGAAGCUGAAACCUUGAGAGCACAAAUCCAUUUGCAGACGACAGAGAUUGCUCUGCUCCAGACUGAAAAGCAAGAACUGCUUCAGCAAAUGAGUGCAGCACCAGCCCCUGUGCCGGGAGACAGGGGUACAGAGACGGCAGACUUGGAAGGCAGAUUCACGGCACUCUUGCAGGAAACGAAGGAACUAAAGAAUGAGAUUGUAGGUCUUGCUGAGGAAAGGACGUCACUGAAACAGCAGCUGGACUCCGCCAAUAGUACCGCGGCUAUUUUGCGAACGGAGAAGAGUGCCUUGCAGCAGGAAAUAGCCGAAUCUAAAAAAGAGCAGGAUGACCUUCUGGUUCUUCUGGCUGACCAGGAUCAGAAAAUAGUUGCGCUGAAGAAUAAGCUCAAGGAACUUGGAGAACCGGUUGAAGAUGAGGAGGAUACUGAAUCUGGUGACCAAGGUGAGGAAGAUGAAGAAGAUGGAAAAGGAGAGAGAGAAGAUUAAUUAGGUUUUCAUGGGUCAGAUAUGAGAAUCUCGUAUUGCAUUGAAGCAACACACAUUCAUGACCCUGCGAUGCAGAAUACCUCGUUAAGGAAAUGGGUAUGAGCAGAAGAGCCACUAAAUCCACUCCUGAGUUUCUGAUGUUGAGAGGUUCUGAUAAUUUGUAGCCAGAACUGAAGACCACCAUUUAAUUUUUCUGUCCACAUCAGAAGCCUUUCUGGCAGCUGCCAAAGGCAUGGAAGGUGACCAUGUGGUGAACUUUGCGUGUUGCCAUUCACGUCUGUUCAGUAUGUUUGUCACGUCAUUCUCUUGGAGCUCUGGUGUGAUUAAAUAUGUUGUGUUUGUGGUUUCACAUCCAUCGAAUAGAAUCUUUGCUUCCUAAAUUUGGCACGGAGAGAUCUCGUGGCGUCUUCCUUGCUACCUCUUGUGCCGGAUGGGGGAGAGGCCAAGAGGAGGUGGUUCCUUUCGAUUUCCUGCUCAGCUGAUCUCAGCACUGAGUGCCUUGACACCUGACAUGGCUGCAUUCUGUACCUUCGAAGAUAAAAAAGAAGCUGAAACACUCUGUGGAUGGGGAAGGAUUUCCUUAGAGAUGAAGCAGUAUUCGGUAGCAUUUUAAAGCAGUUUUUUUUUUUAGAAAACUCUUGAAAAGGUUUAACAUGCUGCCAGGUACUCGCUUUAAAAAAGCAAGUUUUUGUUCUAAACAUGACAUGUGAUUAUUAUAAUUUAUUGGCUCUCAUGCCUAAUGGAUAAGGUUUUUAAAAGAAAAAUUAAACACAGUUGCUGCACCAGCUUGCUGUUUUGGUAAUAAAAAUAGAUGCUAUAACCAUUUUAGUAUUCAUUCCCUUGAUUUUAGUCAUGGUGGUUGCUUAUCAUUAUGAAGGCUGUGCCAUUUUAUAUUGGGGGGGGGGCUUGUUAAAACACCUAGAAUUUUCCAUCUGGGAAGUUAUGCAAACUCUGUAGAGAUUGCAGUUUUGUCCAGGUAUAGACACAGCUAACAGCACAGUGCUUCUGAAUAAAAAUCAGCAGGAUUCCAGCCAGUUUGUGAGUCACUUUUUUGUUAUACAAGAUGUAGUUAAGAUGCUCUAUUUUGUACUUUCCAGUUUGUUGCAAUAUGGGUAACAUUAUAAGCAGAUUUACAGCAAAAUAAAUUAGAAUGCUACCUCUAUUGUAAUCCCUCUGUUUGGAAAUA